AUGAAAAUAUUCUUAUCAAUUUUUAUAUUUAUAUCAUCAAUUUUAGCACAUAAUGUUUUAUUAUCACCUUAUGGUAAACAAUGCUUUUUUGAAAAUUUGAAAAAAGAUGAUGAAUUAGCUAUAAGUUUUCAAGUUGGUUCAAGAGAUCCUCAUCAAUCAGAACAAUACACAAUUGAUUUUUAUAUUAUAUCACCAAAUGGACAACAAGUAACAAAAAAAACUAAUUUAGAUCAUGGUGAUGAAAUGAUUAAAGCUUCAACAUCUGGUAAAUAUUUGUAUUGUUUUAGUAAUGAAAAAUCAGGUAAAGUUGAUUUAGAUGUUAGUUUUAAUAUUCAUGGCGUAGUUUAUAUUGAUGCAAAUGAUCCAAAAUCCGAUACUUUAGAUUAUGCGAUUCAAAAAUUAAGUCAAUUAACAACCGAUGUUAAAGCAGAACAAAAUUAUUUAGUUAUAAGAGAAAGAACUCAUAGAAAUACAGCAGAAUCAACAAAUUCAAGAGUUAAAUGGUGGUCUGUAUUUCAAAUUAUAGUUGUUGCAGCAAAUUCAAUAUUUCAAAUUUAUUACUUGAAAAGAUUUUUUGAAGUUCAAUCUGUUGUAUAA